CCCACCGUGCGCUAUCCGCGCGACGGAUCCACCAGCCGCCGCGAGGAAACUUCCGCCUCCUCCUACCGCGCGCUGGCGACUGCAUCUCCCGGGGCCAAGCCCUCGAUCCGGCGUGCUUUGUCACCGGCAUCGAGGCAGUAGGUGGGAGACAAGAGGGCUUGCGAGGGCGGACGCGGAGCAUGGCGGAGGAGCAUAUCGAAGAGGCGUCCAUGGCCAUCGCCGGAUGCGGAGCAUGGCGGAGGAGCAGAUCGAAGAGGCGUCCAUGGCCGCGACGGUAGCGGUCCGCACCCACUCACUCACCCGUUGCCUCCAAACUCAUUUCUCCCGAGCGCCGCCGCGAGCCUCCGUUUCAGCUUCGUCCAUGGCUUCCCUCACCGGAUCUGCUCUCUCCUUUGCGAGGCCCGUCAAGACAAAAAUGGCAGAAUGGAAUCCAGAGAAGGAUCUGCUUGCUAUGGUUACUGAUGACUCCAAGGUUCUUCUCCAUCGCUUCAAUUGGCAAAGGCUUUGGACAAUCUCUCCAGGGAAGUGCAUCACAUCAAUUUGUUGGAGCCCUGAUGGUAAAAUAAUAGCACUUGGCACAGAAGCUGGCUUGAUUCUUUUGCAUGAUGUGGAGACAAAAAUGGCAGAAUGGAAUCCAGAGAAGGAUCUGCUUGCUAUGGUUACUGAUGACUCCAAGGUUCUUCUCCAUCGCUUCAAUUGGCAAAGGCUUUGGACAAUCUCUCCAGGGAAGUGCAUCACAUCAAUUUGUUGGAGCCCUGAUGGUAAAAUAAUAGCACUUGGCACAGAAGCUGGCUUGAUUCUUUUGCAUGAUGUGGAGACAAAAAUGGCAGAAUGGAAUCCAGAGAAGGAUCUGCUUGCUAUGGUUACUGAUGACUCCAAGGUUCUUCUCCAUCGCUUCAAUUGGCAAAGGCUUUGGACAAUCUCUCCAGGGAAGUGCAUCACAUCAAUUUGUUGGAGCCCUGAUGGUAAAAUAAUAGCACUUGGCACAGAAGCUGGCUUGAUUCUUUUGCAUGAUGUGGAGGUGUGUAUCUGGAUGAUGAUAAAAAUUGUCGGUGUCUAUUGUAUCUUUGUAUGAACAUUCGUUUGUACUUCAUAGACACCUGAUCCAGUGCCUAUCUUCUCUUAAUAUUUUUCUAAUUGCUUAUUCUCAUUUUUAUAUCAUGCUUAAACCUUAUGAGCGAA